AUGGCGACGUCACUCGCCGCGAGGAACAUCACCUCGCAGUUUCUCAAGUAUCGCAUGGAGGUGAAAAGCAAAAGGCAUCGCUUCGGCAAAAGCCUUCUAGGCGGCGCUGCAGGCUUCUCCGGAAAUGCUGUCAUUCAUUCGCCGGACAAUGUGCGCGGCCAGCAGCGUCUUCUGUCUCAUCACUCUGAUGAUGAAGAUGGUGUUGAGAUGACUUCGACGUUUCAGCAGCAAUUGCCUCCUCUCUGGGCGGAUAUGGUGGAAGAGGCGCAUGACGACGUCGAGCAAAUUAAAGAGAAAAUGUCUCAGCUGCAGAAAGCGCAGCAGCGGAGGCUGCUCAAGGUCUUCGAUGACGGCGAAGGCCACAGUCCGGAUCGCGAGAUCGAUGCCCUGACAGCCAACCUGACGCACCUGUUUAAACGCUGUGAAAGACGCAUUCAGCAAAUCUGUGAAACAAGCACGCCGGACAGCGACACGCGGUCCGACCAACUUCUGCAGCGAAACGCCCAGCGGAGCAUCGCGGCGCAGCUGCAGGCGCUGAAUGCGGCAUUUCGAAGCCAGCAGAAAACGUAUCUUGCAGAGGUCAAGCGUAGAACUCAAGGAGAGGACAUUUUUGGGACGGCGGACGGCGCCUCGUCAGCAGAUCCGGGCUUUGGCGACGAUAUGAUGUCCGAGCUUGCCAUGAUGGAACAGGACGCAGACUUGCGGCAAGGAGAAUUGGCUAAGAUUGCUCAGUCUGUCACGGAUCUCCACCAGAUCUUCAAGGACCUCUCCAAUCUUGUCAUCGAUCAGGGCACGAUACUUGACCGCAUCGACUACAAUGUUGAACAAGUACUCGAGAACACGACACAAGCCAACGUGCAGCUUCGGAAGGCGGAAGAGAACCAACGGAGUGGACGUGCUGCGAAGUGCAUCAUGUUCCUAGUCAUCACUAUUUUCUUUUUGCUCGUCCUCUUGAUCAUGAAGCACACCUGA